ACUUUGCCAACGCAAUAUUUUAUCAACCUUGUGGAGUAGGCCAUGUAAAGAUAUUGAUAAAUUCCGAAGAUGUCAUAUGGGGAACUGCAAACAGUGUUUCAGAUAAUUUAUUGAUAUUUGUCUUGAAGUGAUUGAACUAAUGAAUGACUUUCAAAAACUUAUCUAAUUGACACGUUGUGACUUUGAAGAUUCGUAGCAGAACUCGCGUAACCCGACUGAAUGUGAAUAAUAGAUGCGGAAUUAUAACUCUGAACAAUAAAUUGAACCCGAACGAUAUACAGUUGGAAACUACAAAUAAUAUCUACGAUCAGUGAAGUGAAGCUCAGAUCACACAUAUGAGAAGGAUUGAAUGAUCAAGAAACGAAGAUCGUGAAACCAGAACCAGUAGAACGAAUAUUUAUUUCUGUUUUAGAAGAUUCAGUUUUGCACAAUGGCAAAUGUUGAAGACACCAAUGCACCCGGAGUGGGCUGUUGCCGACGAAUGUGCAAGUUUCUUGGCGUGUAUUGGCGCGCACUAGUAGUGUUCAUUGCUCCUAUCGUUGCGGCAGGAAUUUAUACGAUUGAUACGUCCCCGGCCUACCGGUGUAUCUACGUGGUACUGAUCAUGGCGAUGUACUGGGUAACGGAAGCCCUACCGCUGGCGAUAACGUCGAUGAUUCCCAUUGUACUGUUUCCGGUUCUUGGGAUACUUGAUACCGACCGGACCACCAUGAUGUACAUGAAGGAAACCAUGUUGAUGUUUAUUGGUGGCAUUAUCAUUGCUCUGGCGAUCGAGUUUUGUAAUUUGCACAAACGGGUAGCACUGAAAGUUAUCUCGAUCGUUGGAUGCAGUCAGAGAAAAUUGAAUUUCGGAUUGAUUUCCGUUACGAUGUUCAUCUCGAUGUGGAUCUCGAACACGGCUGCAGUUGCUAUGAUGUGCCCGAUUAUGCAAGCCGUCCUUGAAGAGCUGGAAGCGCAAGGAUUGUGUGAAAUGUAUGUUCGACAGACCAAAUCUAACGAAGAAGAAGGAACCUCAAGCAAGAAUAAAAAUGAAUCGGAUGAACCCAAGAAACCAUCCAAGACCACAAUCUGUUACUACGUUGGAGCUGCGUAUGCGUCUACCAUUGGAGGUUGCGGUACCAUUGUGGGAUCUGGGACAAACUUAACCUUCAAAGGAAUUUAUGAGAGUCGCUUUCCCGAUGCUCCUGGAAUUGAUUUCCCUAGAUACAUGUUUUACAAUGUGCCAGGAAUGUUGAUUAGCACUUAUCUAACGUGGGCUUAUUUGCAAUGGGUUUACAUGGGAAUGUUCCGACCAAAUAGCCCUGAAGCCAAGGCUUCUGCCACCGGCAAGGAAGGUGAAACCGUAGCACGCCGUGUGAUCGAAACACGAUACAACGAACUUGGCCCAAUAACCGCUCAUGAAGCAAGUGUCGCAAUCCUUUUCCUGUUGGCUAUUGGAUUGUUCUUUUUUCGUGAUCCAGGUUUCAUUAAUGGAUGGGCGGACCUUUUGCCAGACGUAAAAAUCCGGGACGCAACUCCAGCAAUAUUUGUUGUCGUACUGCUUUUUGUGAUCCCUGCGGAUUGGCGUUGGUUCGAAUAUCUCAAGUGGAAUCCUGAGCGCUUACCAUCGGAUGCCACCCCUUCCCUCAUCACUUGGCAGUUCAUCCACCAAAAGGUACCUUGGAGCCUUGUUUUUCUGCUGGGCGGCGGGUUUGCUUUAGCUGAAGGAGCAAGAUCUUCAGGAAUGAGCAUGCUAUUAGGCCAAUCACUAGCUGGAUUGAAAGAUUUACCACCUCUGCUUCUAUUGUUUGUCGUAUGUUUCGCGGCUUCAAUGUUGUCUGAAUUCACGUCCAAUGUGGCAAUCUGUAACAUCAUACUACCUGUGUUGGCUGAAAUGGCCAUCGCAAUUGAGAUCCAUCCGUUGUAUUUGAUGCUACCUGCCUCACUGUGUUGCAGUUUUGCUUUCCACAUGCCCGUGGGAACUCCGCCAAAUGCCAUCGUGGCUGGACUGGGAAACAUCGCUACCAAGGAUAUGGCCAUUGCUGGUAUAGGACCUUCAAUUUUCACACUAAUCGUUGUGUGGGCAACUUUUCCAACCUGGGGUGCUGUUGUGUAUCCAGAACUGGACACCUUCCCGGAGUGGGCUCUAACAUCCAACAUCUCCAACAUCGUUUUUUGAAGAAUUGUUUCAUCCAAAGCUUAACCGUAGAGU